AUGGAAAAAAAUUAAAGUUUAAUUAAUAAAGUAUCACCAUUUGCUUAGAUUACAGAAGGAUAAAAGUAUAUAAUAACAAAGAAUCUACCAUAAUUAAUAUAAAUAGUUUUAAAGGAUGCUGCUGAAUUUUAGUCAACUCAAAUAUAAAAAUUAAAGGCUUUAUAAUAGUUAAAGAUGAUCUGUUGUAUAGCUGAUAUUGGAGAAUAUCUAACUUAAAUAUUUAAAUUAUUGGCUAAAAUUUACACAAAUGAUGAUAAAUAUUAUUUGAAUGAGGUAAAUUUUAAUGAUUUAUGAAUAGUGCAGAUAAAUAUGUUAUGUGAUUGGAUUAAAGGUAUAGAUAGAUUAUUAUUUACCAACCUUGAUAAAUUAAGCAAGAUUUGAAUUACAAGGACAAUAAUCAAAAACUUUAUGCAAUUUGAUAAAUAUGAUAAGUGAAACAAUAGUACAUGAAAAUGAUAAUCUUGAUUUAUAAAGUUUAGUAUAUUUGAUUGGAGAUAUAGAGAAUGUAUAUUCUGAUUGUUGGGAAGUGAUGGAAUGUGUUUAUUACUUAGAAGAUCGAAUAAUUGGUUAAUCUUAAUAAGAAUUACCAAUAUAUGUAAGAUAAUUAUUUCAGGGUUUAUUGACAAUAAGAUCUUUUAAUAAGAUGGAUUGUGAAGGAUUACUUAAUUAAUUAUCUAAGAAAUGUGGUUAUACGAGUGUAACAGAUUUACAUGCGAAUGAAAUUAGUUUGAUUCUAGAAUAAAUAGUGAAUUAAGAACACUUUAAAACAUGGAAACAUAAUACUAGAGAAUUCUUAAAAUUCAAGGCUAUAGUAAUAGGAUGUGGAGAUGGAAUAUCAAAAUAUAUGCAAUAAAUAAUAUAAAUAAUGAAAUAUUCUUUAGGAGGUGAUUAAGAAGUUGAAUUACGUUUGGAGGUGUUAUUAUUAUUAGAUAAAGUAGUUUAAAUUUAAUCAAUUAAAGAUACUAUCAAAAUGUAUAGUGCAGUAUUGAUAUCAUAAUUAUUAAUAUAAUCAAUGGUUUGGAAAGCAAAUAAACCAACAGUGAAAGUAAGAAAAGCAGCAGUAAUAAUAACAUUGUAAUUAACAGAAAUGUUAAAUUAAGAAGAAAUAUUAGAAUUAUUUCCAGCUUUAGCUGCUCCAUUAAAAUCAUGUAUGACAGAUGAUUGGGCACCUGAUUUAAGAUUUGCUUCAAGUAAAUUAGCUACAAGUUUAAUAAAAAAAUGUUAAAUUUUAAAUUAUGAAAUAAUAAGAGAUUUCUAUCCUUCUCUUUUAGAAAGGUUAGAUGAUUCUUAAAAUUAAAUAAGAAUCGAAAUUACUUUUGCAAUUGCUGCAUUGAUGUAACAGAAAUAUGAUUCAACAACUAUUUUAGAAUAUAUAGUAAAAGCAACUUUAAUACAUUUGGAUGAUUCAAGUGAAGAAGUUUAAAGAGCUGUUUUUGAGUGUUUAUCAAAAUGUCCAGAAAAAGGAGUUGUUUUGAAAGAAGCUGAAUAAGCUAUCAAGAAUUUUAAGUAUCCACGUUUAUGUUAGGAACUUAUUAAACUAAUGAGUUGA